AGUGAUCUGAUACGGACUACACCCUGCCGCUGCCUCACUGCCCUGGCUUUCUUUGCUGCCCCAGCCUUGACGUCGGUGAACGUCGAAGUGUGGGUUACAUUGGAGACUUCAAUUCGUCUGUAGGCUUUUCUCUGAAUUGAAAUUAAUUGGAAACCUUACUUCCAAAGCUGUAGGCAUUUUUAUAUAGCAUCAAUUUCUUGAACAUGUCUUGGCAAAGCUACGUGGAAAACCUGAUGGCCGAUGGCAGCUGUCAGGAUAGCGCCAUUGUUGGGUAUACGGACGCCAAAUAUGUUUGGGCAGCACAUGCCGGUGGUACGUUCAACAAUAUCACGUCUCAAGAAAUCGAUGUCCUUAUUGGUAAGGAUAGAGAGACCUUUUACACCAGCGGUCUCACUCUGGGCUCAAAGAAGUGUUCAGUCCUCAGAGACAGCCUGCAUGAUGACGGGGACUGGACAAUGGACAUCAGGACGAAGAGCCAAGGAGGAGAACCUACAUACAACGUCUCUGUGGGAAGAGCCGGAAAAGUAUUGGUUAUAGUCAUGGGAAAGGAGGCGAUCCAUGGUGGAAAUCUUAACAAGAAAGCACAUUCAAUGGCUGAGUACCUGAGGAAGUCUGGAUAUUAAGCAACCUCUCCAUCCAUUCAUCAACUUAACAGCGCAUUGUGUUGACACUACUUCCAGGAUUAGAUGGCAUACAAUGUUACUUCUUCCCCAGUCUACUUUUAUACACGCCCCCUUUUUUUUUUUGGCUAAACUCUUCAUACACUCCUGUUUUUCUUUUACUUAAACCUUCCCCACCCCUACCAUUGUACUUCAGUGUUGGCACUAAAGUUAUGGCAUGUUAAUUGAAAUGUUUAUUAACCCAAAAUGUGCAAAAAAUGUUAGCAAAGUGUAAUAAAAGUGAAACACAAAAUUGGACUCGCCUUGUAUAACAUUCACCGGUUAAUAAUCCGAGGAGAAGUACACAUGUAAUUGUGCUGACAGUUGCAUAGAUAUGCUUUGUGAGCAUUAUUAAAAGAUGCCAUUUUUGAGGUUGUUUUUUUUUUCAUCAGCAUGUAGGCAUAUAAAGGUUGCAUGCGUACUGUCUCUAGCAUACAAACCCCAGGCCCUUGCCCUUUUUCUGUCCCUGCGUAAUAUUCCAGCCAAAACCAUCUUCUCAUAUCAUCAAGCAUCAGUUUGAAAAAAAAAAAAAAAAACCUUCCUCUGACAAAGUCCUGUGUGUGAACCAAUGCUCCAUCCUCAAGCCCAACUAUUUUUGUUAUCCCCCCCCCCCCAUCACAUGCUUUUGCUGUUGUACCUGAAUGUGGUCUUAAAAAGUUAAUGAUGUGGUGUUGGGCUGUUGUUUGAGUGUAGUUUAAGGUCAGCAUCAAGUUGUCAUGACACUUCAACACACCCGGGAUCCUCAGUGGACAUUCCACCUUUGUGACAGCUCACUCAACUUUUGCUGUACAUUUUUCUGAAAGUCAUCACACAUAAUGUGGAGUUAUUUACCCUCCCCUUUGGACCAAUUGUCAGUAUAAAAGGAUGUUCAGAACUGCUUCAGCUUAUCCUGAUUGAUUGUUGGCAUCGCCUGUUGACUGUAAAUCAUAAAGACGACUCCAGAUGACUGUAAAACAUUUUACUGCUUCCUUAGACUUCAACACUACUUAAAUGUUUCAUCACUAAUUGAUUUGUUGCUAACUUCAUGUCCGUUAACCAAUGAAACAGCAUUGUCAUUUUACUACAGUACGAAUGCAUUUUGACUGUAAAUCCAGGCUGUUGGCCUCCAACACCUUGGAAAUAAUUUGCCUUGUGCUUUAGUCAUCAAAGGUGUAUUCACAAAUUGUCAUAGUACGGUACUUAGAAGUAUAUUUAAAAAAAACAAAAAAAACAAUGCUGUGUACACUAAACAUAUUGAAAAUGGUGUUGGUUGGAAUAAGAACAUUUGUAAGUUGUCUUGUGAAAAUUUUCUGAGAAUAACUGUAUUCUGUGCCAUAAAAUUGAUCUGAUCUGUUGCUACUACGAGUUGGAUUUUUAACUGCUGCCCUGGUAAGAAGUAACUUUUAAUGGCACUUCCCGAAGGGAUAUUUUGGCAUCAGUAAUCUCCAGACUUUGUUGAAUAUGUACAGAAUUAAACAACGGAAAAAGAAAUUUGAAAUAUUUUGUCUUAUUUUUGUUUUUUUUUGAGUUGGAAAAUUUCUUCUGCCACAAAAUCUGCUAUUUCAAAUGCCAUCAAUUGUUGAAGACGUCUUGUUUACAGAUAGAUCAAAUAAAAGUUAUUCCAACCAGA